AUGAACCCAUGGGACUUGAGCGAGAAGUCCCAGCUCAGGCAGCCCCAGAUCCUUAAACGUCUCGUUCCAUUGUUGACGGAGGGUAAAAUUACCUAUGAUCUGCUCUGGGCGCUCUUCAAGGCUAAUGACCAUGUCAUUUCGGACUGCUCCGGAAGCGGUAAACCGCGGUGCUUCAGAUACGGCAUGGGCGAGGAGAAGAAGACAGAGCAAGGUGUGGAAUACUUCGAGCUGCAAUGCCAGUAUCUUGAUUUCGACGGUGAGGUGUUCGGUGCUGUACUGACUAAGCUGGCUAUCGAGAAAUUUCGUGGCGCCAGACAGAUCUACACCCUUAACGCUUACCCACUCGAGUUUCAUCCAGGACGCGAGAACAUGAGGAAACGUCUCCGUAAAUUUAGUCGAGAUUUCGUCGGUCUGAUGGGGAUCCGCUACCGUUACUAUAACGGCUAUGCGUUCUUGUAG